AUGUCGUCAAACAUCAAACCUUUGAUCCUUCACGCCCACACCACGGGCCCCAACCCCAUCAAGAUUGCCAUUGCCCUCGAGAAGCUCAAGUUGCCCUAUGAAAUCAAGCUCUGGGAGUUUGGUGACAAUGCCGAGAAUGGCCUCAAGGGAGCCAAGUUCCUGGCCAUCAACGAGAAUGGCCGUGUACCUGCACUCGAAGACCCCAACUCUGGCGUCGUAUCCUGGGAAUCUGGUGCUGUGAUGAACUAUAUCAGAAGAAAGUACGACACGGAGAACAAAUUGGGUCCUCAAGGACAAAGUGAACAAGAUAUCGUGGACUCUGAGAAGUGGGAGUACUUCUUGCUUACGACUCUGGGACCCAUGGCCGGACAAACCAAUUGGUUUAGACAUUACAACGAAGUCAAGAACGAAGAUGCUCUGAACCGCUAUGCAGCACAAACGUACCGUUGCUACCAGGUUCUCGAAGGCCAAUUGAAGAAGACUGGAGGUGAGAGUAUCUUGCCUGGUGGCUAUACGGCUGUGGAUGCACACUUUGAGCCUUGGGUCCGUCAGCACGCUUAUGCACAGUUGAGCCUUGAUGACUAUCCCAAUGUUUCAAAGUGGUUGAAGAAGUACGGAGAGACCGAGGAGGUCAAGGCUGCGUACAAGAAGAUCCAGGAUGCAACUUCGUAG